CUUUUUUGCUCGCAGCCUUUUUGACAGAAGUUUUCGAAGUCUCCAAGUGAUCGAAUCGUGUUCGUCGUGGUCCUUUUUCUGUUUUAUUUUGUUUAAACGGGUUAACGAUGCACCCAGCCUGUAUAAUCUGUCUUCGUGCAUACAUAGAGAGUCAGAACGUGGUGUCGACACACUGUGGCCACAUCUUCCACCAGAAGUGCAUUGUUAAGUGGUUCAAUCGAAACCAAACGUGCCCAGACUGCCAAUAUCAAGCGUACAGUAAACCACUGAAGCAGGUUCACCUCCGGCCGGUUGAGAUCAAACCAAACGACAGUGUCCAGCUUCAAGAAGAAAUUGAACGACUAAAAAUUCAAAACCGCGUUAAAGACUUCACGAUCGCCAAACUGCGCGAGCUACUGCCGAACUACGAGAGGCGUACAGAAGAAUUGACAAAGUUGAACGCAGACUACCAGAAGCUGCGCCGAGAGCUGCACAACGCGACAAGGCAAUGUGCCUCAUUAGAGCAGCAGCAGCGCGAUGCCGAGAGGCGGUGCCGGCGGACUCAAACGGAGCUGGAGCGAAUGCAAAAGAUGUUAAAUCGAUUGCCUGUUAAACUGCCGCUAGUUAGCAAUGUCUCUACCCCAGGGAUCAUAACAGCGGGACACCGUAAGCUCGCUCUGAGCCUUCCUCGGCCUCCGUCGGCUGACUUCCAGAACAUACCGAAAAAGCGGCCCGGCAUCAGUGCGCAAGCCAUUAAGAGGAAACCACCUCAAAGCUUGCUGUCACAAGUUGCUGAGAUUUUUCGCGACCCGGAACUGUAUCAGUACAUGACGGAACCAGACUUGGACGAUACGUUCGAAAUGGGCCAGUUCCCGGAGGAAAGACCACGAUCGCCGACAAGGCAACAGGCCGGAAAGCAACGUAAGGCUACCGGCGGCGGCGUCCCGCUGCACCGUAGUGCGCACCAGCUGUAACUGGAUCUUCUUCCAACUACUUUUUACUUCUUUUUGUUACUUUUUUUUAUCAUUGUUUUAUUUUUUACGGUUUACUUCGGCUGGUUCGAUAUUUUUGUAUUACUGAUGAAAAUGAGAUAAGAACAUGGAUCAAUCGCACAAAAUUGUCUUUUUA